AUGACCAGAGACGGCCCCCGCCAAGCCGACGAAGACGGCACCUUCAGACGCCAGGCCUCCAAGUUCCGCAACUUCAUCCCCUCCGAACAGUUCCCCGCCGAGGGCGGCCACCGCUAUGUCCUGUACAUCAACUACGGCUGCCCGUGGGCCCACCGCGCCAACAUCGUGCGCACCCUCAAGGGCCUCGACGACGUCAUCCGCCUCGUCGAAGUCGACGACAUGGACCGCUCCGCCGGCAAGGGCUGGUUCUUCUCCGGCCAGAACGGCGGACCCGACAGGGAUCCCGUGACCGGGUGCAAGUACCUCCGCGAGCUCUACCUCCGCGCCGACCCCCAGUACGAAGGCCGCGUGACGGUCCCCACCCUGUGGGACUCGCACCGCAACCUCGUCGUCAACAACGAGUCGAGCGAAAUCAUCCGCAUCCUCUACUCGGCCUUCGACCACCUCCUGCCCCCGGACCGCCGCGAAGCCGCCAAGGGCCCCGCCGCCCUCCUCCCGGACCACCUCCGCCCCCAGAUCGACGCCAUGAACGCCUGGGUCUACGACACCAUCAACAACGGCGUCUACAAGUGCGGCUUCGCCACCGCCCAAAAGGCCUACGACGCCAGCAUCUACCCGCUCUUCGCCAGCCUCGACCGCAUCGAGCGCCACCUCGCCGCCAACGAGGAGCGCCGCCUGCCCGGCCCCUACCUCUUCGGCGAGCACAUCACCGAGGCCGACAUCCGCCUGUUCCCCACCGUCGUCCGCUUCGACACCGCCUACCACACGCUGUUCAAGUGCAACUUGAAGAUGAUCAGGCACGACUACCCCCGCAUCGACCGCUGGAUGCGCACCCUCUACUGGGACGAGACCGAGCGGACCGGCGGCGGCGCCUUCAAGGCGACGACCAAGGUCGAGAAGUGGAAGUGGGGUUACUCGAGGGUUGCCGGCAACGGCGUCGUGCCCGCCGGCCCCGAACCGGCCAUCUUGCCGCUUUGA